AGCAUGCGUCAUUUUAAUAUUGAUUUCAACUUCUGCACGGGGGCGCGGCGUCUGCUCCGACUCCAACUUCUUCAAAAUGCUUAACUCAUGUUACCUGUUGACGAGAACCAGGGUCCUUUUCCCAAAGUAUAAACGUGUACACCUUUUGCAGGAUUUUGUGACUCUUCAACAGGUACGUCAUCUUGAUGUUGGGCCUAAGGGAACUUACAUUGCAAAGAAAAUUCCAGCCUUGGUCAAACUAGAACCCGGCAAGAAAUACUACUGGUGUAAAUGUGGCCUCAGUAAGAAACAGCCUUUUUGUGAUGGGGCCCAUAAGCCCACUCAAUUCAAACCAGUGAUGUUGACAGUGGAUGUACCCAAACGUGUUCUACUGUGCCGAUGCAAGCAAACCAGCAACGAACCAUACUGCGACAUGACUCAUGUCAAAGUCAUGUUUUCUUCCUUUGGCAAAAGACUGGGGCUUGCCAAGUGAACUCCACUGUAAUCAACAUAUAUACAUGUACAUGUAUGUACAUUAUAUUUUCUGUAAGCUUGUUUUUUAAUGGAUGGUUCUGAUUGUCAUGAUUGUAGAUAUUUAUGUACAUUUACCUGUGCAUGUAUUCAUGGAAUGUGCCUAGUGGCUUCAGGAUUAAAAAUGAUGGCCAGCUGACAGGAAUUCUGUCAAAGUAGAGACAGUGUACCAGCCAUUAAGACCCUCGCAGAUGUGGACGGAUGGAGCAGUUGAUCAAAAUGACAUUGUUUUACUCGCAUUUGCAGUCCAGGUAAAUGUUAAAAUUGUGAGGCGGUGGGAAAAAGUGCUGAUUUUGCAUUAAAUUUGGGCAGCAAGCAAUUUCUUGUGUGUAUUUCAAAGAGACUUAUCAAAUAGUCAACUUAAAUCAGGCCUGGAUACUGCAUUCAUCACCAUCUAGCAGACCUGAGAUUCACAUGCAUAGUGUGUUGUAUGGUGUUGCUUCGGGACUAUGCAAAUGGCCCUAUUCCAAUCAUUAGAUAUAUGGAUGGAUUUACCUAUUUGUAAUACGCAGUUGUACAAGAUCAAACUAUCACUUACGUGUGGGCCACCCAUGCCCCCAAGACAAGUUGAUAUAUUUAGAAUUUUCUGAAACAGUUAUUUUUGGUAGGAGCAGCUUGGCCAUACCCCGGUGGUGAUAUACCGUACAAGUUGGCAAAUUUGAUUAGUAGUUUUGAUAAUCUGUUUCCAUAAGUUAUAUGACAUUCUAAUAACUACAUGUAGGGUUACAGCCUUGGUCUCUUACAUGUGUACCAAAUUUACUCAAUCUCCUGAGUAUGUAGUGGAAUGGCUUUUCUGUAAGAGGCAGAAUUGGUUUCUGUUUCAUUUGUGUUUUGUACACCGUAUACAUUCUUCACACACAGUUGGCUUUUACACCUCAUAUACAAUGUACGUACAUGUACUUUUGAGCAUAAAUACGCGGACAUGUACACUCAAAUUGUGUGCAUUAAAUCAAGAAGUAUUCCUAACAUUACUUCAGUAGGUUAGGUAGCAAGGUGAUUUUCACUCCAGUGGACUCUCCCUUGUAAACUUCAGUUAAAAAAAAAAACGCACAAUGCUUGUUUGUGUUUUGGCCACAUUUUCUGAAAUUUUGGGUGAAAAUGCAGCAAAUUCUUGCUGAAGGCUUGCUUGAUUAAAUAAUCUCUGGAAAUAUACAGUAAACUAUAGAAGCAGCUGUCCACAGGAGAGUUGGAACAGUGCUUUCUCUCAUCAUGGAUGCAAAACAGAUGCUACGAUAGAAACAGUGAAGGUUUCACACUCGUACAAUUAUUACAUGGUAAGAAUAAUUUCAUGAGGGAACAGAUUGCUUGUUUUAUGCAACACCUGAAUAAACCCACCUCUGACAGAAAGA